AUGGAUCCGCUAAACGAAGAGCACACAAAAAUGUACUUUUAUCACAACAGAUUAGCAACAUUUUCGGGUUGGCCAUUUGAUGAGGACUGCGCCUGCACUUCUGAAAAUAUGGCCAGAGCUGGUUUUAUUCACACCCCCUCCGACAACAGCCCCGAUGUGGCCCAGUGUUUUUUCUGCUAUAAGGAGUUGGAGGGCUGGGAGCCUGAAGACGAUCCUAUGAAAGAACACAAGGCUCACUCUCCAGCUUGUAAUUUUGUGUUGCUUCAGAAGUCUGUGGAGGAUCUUACAGUGGAAGAGAUUCUCAAGUUACAGAAAGACAGACAAAAGUUUCUCAUUAAAAAAACCUGCAAUCAAGUAAUUGAGAAGUUCGAGGAAGCUGCCAAGUCAAGAAGAGGCGAUAUCAUCAAAAUUGCUAUGGAGGGAUAA